AUGGAUUCGGAAGCAGUUCAUGAGCCAGAAGAAGUCCAUGAAGAAGAGAAGAAGCCAAGAAUACCAGUGCUGACUGCACCUAAGAUCCCAGAGGGUGAAAAAGUAGACUUUGAUGACAUCCAAAAGAAAAGGCAGAACAAAGAUUUGAUUGAGCUUCAAGCCUUGAUUGAUAGUCACUUUGAAAGCCGGAAGAAGGAAGAGGAGGAGUUAAUGGCCCUCAAAGAGAGAAUCGAGAAGCGUAGAGCCGAAAGGGCAGAACAGCAAAGGAUCCGGGCUGAGAAAGAGAAGGAGCGUCAGUCCAGGCUUGCGGAGGAGAAAGCAAGAAGAGAGGAGGAAGAUGCCAAGAGAAGGGCAGAGGAUGAACUGAAGAAGAAGAAGGCUCUCUCCUCCAUGGGUGCAACAUACAGCAGCUAUUUGGCCAAGGCUGAUCAAAAGAGAGGGAAAAAACAAACUGCGAGGGAACUGAAGAAGAAGGUACUGGCAGAAAGGCGGAAACCCCUAAACAUUGACCAUCUUAAUGAAGACAAACUGAGGGAUAAAGCCAAGGAGUUGUGGGAUUGGUUAUACCAGCUGGAAACAGAGAAAUAUGAAUAUUUAGAGAAGAUCAAGAGACAAAAAUAUGAUAUCACCACCCUCAGGAACCGGAUUGAUCAGGCCCAGAAGCACAGCAAGAAGGCUGGAGCCAAAGGCAAAGUUGGAGGGCGCUGGAAGUAAAGAUCCGGAAGGGACCUGCAGGCCGAAUCUUCAGCGUUGGCAUGGCUAAACAUUGCUGGCCUCCCCAGUCCUCUUUAAACAUGAAUUCUGUUCCCUCGCCUGAGCAAAACCAUAGUUGCAACAUCAGCCUGAAUUGCCUACUGCUUAUUUCAUCCUCCAGAACCACCACCCUGGAAUGAAGAUGACUCCCUGCUGACACCUUUUACUACCUGCUGCGUGUGUCCUUUAUUUUCCUAAUUCCAGCCCUACGCUGCCCCAUAGAUUGCAGUGUACGAAUCCUUUGGUUUUGUAAAUAAAGUGUAACCAGUAAUAGACU